AUGAUAUUCUGCGCCUUUGCACUUCUUUUGACUCCAGCGUCUGAGAUUUAUGAGUCGAGCUAUCUAAAACUAGAACAAAGCCGGAAACCAGUUCCAAACUUGGAAAGAUUAGUUUUACUAGCUGAUGGUACCAAAGAAUCGUUCUACGGCGCUUACAAUGUUCUCUACACAAAUGAAUUCCCAAGAGUUCAAGCUGGAAACGACAUCUUUACAACGGCUAUGCAAAAGGGUAUUAUACCCACAAAAUCACUUGCUUAUUGCUCACCUACUUUAUCUCCAAUACAAAUAGUAAAAAUACUUGAAAAUAAUCUAAUAGAAGGUGUUCUAUCGGCGCAAAUUUGUUUGAAUGCGAUUCGCAAAGAGUUGAAUAGUAUGAAUACUGGAGGUUCAACACAAACACAGAUACUCCAUCAAAAAGAUACCUGUUUGUCAAGUGAUAUUAUCGGACUGGCUUUUCGGGGCGACAUAUCAGUUUCGGGAAUCUAUGCCAGUUUUGCUCCAUUGAAUCUUGGAGUUCCAAAAGUAAAAUUCAAACGUUCGUUGUAUUUGGAAAAUUUGAUCACAGAACAUCAAAUUUUCGCGGCAUGGGAAAAGGAACACCUGCAGAUGGUUCUUAUCUGGUAUUUUGGCCAGCUUCAUCUUUUCAAACGAAAUCGCGGGAAUAAAAUGUGGUGGCCGGUGACAAAAAUAGGCGCAGAAGAAAUGAACGGUGAAAUAAUUCUAGACUUUUUGCGGAAUAGAUUGGGAUUGUUCAAAAAUUUGUAUCAGAAGCUUGGAGAGCGUUAUAGGAAACCUAAAUCAAGCGAUUUUCACCGUCAAUCAUCGCUUACAGGUCAGGCCAACGGAAAUACCAAAUUAAAAAAGCUGAUGGCUGAAGUCGGUACCCUGGAAUUAAAGACACCACCUAGAGUCACUCACAGAUACAUACGUACCAGUGAAGGUUUUCAUUUUUCAGAUGAUAGAAUAAAGUUGUCUAGCUUCUGA